UAACACCAGCGCAGCAGCUAGCUUACCUCCAUCGUGUGUGUCCGUCUGUCCAUGGCGCCGUCGGAGACGAUGCUGGAGUCGGCGGCGUACAGGCGGAUGAAGGCGGAGAACCCGUCCGAGUUCGUGCCGCGCAGCGUCUUCUUCGCGCGCGACGGCGGCAGCGGCAUCGACCGCCGCAACAGCCUCUGGGUCAAGGCGGCGCUCGUCUACGAGUCCGUCACCGGCAGCCACGUCGACGACGGCGUCAAGCCCCUCGCCACCAGCCUCUUCCUCCAGGUCGCCCGCGAAUGCCGCUCCCGCAUCCCCGACGACCCACCGCAGACCAAGGCCACGGUGGUGACGGACGCCCUCAAAAAAGUACCGGCUGCCGUGGCUACGCCUAUUGCCGGCGCGGGCGGCGGCGAAGAUGACUCAGAGGAGAAACCGAACAAGACGGCGGAGCUGCACGACGAAGAAAAGGAGUCGGACGACAAGCAGGUGAUCGACGCCGUCUUCCUCGUCGUCGGCUUCCUCACGAGGCUGGUCAAGACCGCCGCGGGCGUCAGGCGCGACGCCGUCGACGAGGGGUUCAAGUCCACGCACAUGCAGGACAUCGUCACGGACAUGAUCAAGCUGGAGAACCAGCUCCCCCUCAAGCUCAUCCUCGACGUCGUCGAGCACGUCCAGGACGCGGCACGCGCCGUCGCCGCCGAAGCCAGGUUCGAGGGGCUCCGGAAAUGCCUCGAGGGGUACAAGCUCGGCUUCAACCCCGCCACCUUCUUCGACGACGUCGUCAGGCCCUUCUGCUGGUACUACUCGCCCUUCUUCAACAAGCAGCUGCCGGCCGUGGACCGCGGCAUGUUCGACGGCAACCACGAGAUCACGCUCCUGGACUUCCUGCGCGCCAGCGUGGUGCCGGCGCCGCCGGGCGCGGAGAAGGGGGCGGCCGCCGGCGGCAGGACGUCCCGCAUGCCGACGGCCAGGGAGCUGAGCCGCUCUGGCGUGCGGAUCGCGCCGGGGGAGGACGGACGCGCGACGGUGGAGUUCGACGAGGCGUCCGCCAGGCUGCAGCUGCCGGCGCUGGUGUACGACUUCAAGCUGGCCACGGUGGCCCGGAACCUGCUGGCGCGGGAGUACGAGGAGCAGAACAAGCCGGUGACGCGCUACUUCCAGAUGAUGAACGAGCUCGUCGACGAGGCGGCCGACGCCAAGAUCCUCCGCCGCGCCGGCGCCGUGCGCGGUGGCGGGGCGUCCGGCGCCGAGGUGCACGAGCUGGUCAAGCGCAUCGACGGCUACGCGACGUACCCGUCGGUGUACAUGGCCAUGGACGUGCAGAUCGCGAAGGUGAGGCGGUUCCACGACAUGAGGAUGCAGAACUUCCUCGUCCGCUACCGCCCCGGCGUCAUCUGGGCGUCGUCGGUGGCCGCCGUCUCCUUGGUCGCCAUUGUCGCCGCCAGGAGACGGGGGUGAGGAAGCCAACGGCGGCUAACCAAGGCCCGUGCAUGAAGAUUGUACAACUUGAAGUGUAAUGUUGUGUCUUGUGGUAAUGUGUACCGGUGUACAAUGUGUAAGUCCAAGCAAAGAUGAUUGGAUGCGGG